AUGACGAAAUCUGCGCUGCGAUGCCUGAAUCUAGCCUAUGCCAGGAUUCCAGGGCGGUUGCCUCCACCCAAGGCGACGGAACAAGCUGAGGUGGCGAACAGAAAUCGAGGCACCGGUGCUACUCUCGCGGAAUUACCGAAAAAUCCAACUGGAAGAGCACAGGCCACAGCGGCUAGUUUUAUUGACUCGUGGCACAGUCAGGAUCCGACCCUCCUCGACCAACACCACCACCACCAAGCAGCUGUUGCAUCGCUGAUCCAACUCGAGUUGCACCUGUGGAUCUGGGAGCUUUCGUACAUCGCUGCAGCCACAGCCAGCCUUCUCUUCGAGCCCACCUUGACACCGACACCAUCUCCCAUCAUGGGCGCACCGGAAGUCGACGGAGACAACUGCAAGCUCAUGGGACCAUUCGCGCUCUUCGUACAAGCCAUUAUGGGCAUCCUCGUCAUCGGCUCGCUCGUGUACAAGCGUCAAAGGGAGAAGCCGAAACGCAAAUGGAAGAUCUGGGCUCUCGACAUUUCAAAGCAGAUGCUUGGUCAACUCUUCGUGCACAUCCUCAACGUGAUCCUCUCCGACUUUGUGGCAAGUGGCGGCGGCGAGAAUCCCUGCUCGCUCUACUUUCUCAACAUCCUCGUCGAUACUACCGUUGGGGUCUUCUUCAUCUACGUUGCGCUCAAGUACGUCACCUACUAUCUCACCGAACGACUCGGCCUCGAGGGCUUCGUUUCGGGUCAGUACACUCCAGCGCUUCCGUCCAUCGUCCCCGCAUCGUCUGGCGAGCCCGGCUCUUCUGCUCAAGCAGGCGCCGAUCGUAGAGCAUUCCGCCGAGGCAGGCCAAGGAUCGAGUACUGGUUGAAACAGCUGGCAUCGUACCUUUUCGUGCUGUUCCUUAUGAAGAUGGCCGUUCUUGUCAUCUUUGCUUUGUUCCCUUUCCUCUUCGACGUCGGCUCGUGGAUCCUGGGCUUCUUUGGCAGCCACAAGGAUGUCCAAGUGCUCUUCUCCAUGGCACUAUUCCCGCUUGCCAUGAACGUGUUGCAGUUCUGGCUCAUCGAUUCCCUCCUCCGCCACAAUCCUUACACAUCGGCGUAUUCCAAGGUCAACCCGGACGACGAAGAUUUCCUCAACAGUUCCGAUCGCAUCUCUCACGAGUCGCACCAUGAAAGCGACGACGUUGGCGGUCGUGCACACUCGAUAGGCGAAGCAAGCGACGAUGAAGCAGAUGACCUCGACAAACGUCACAUCCAACCGCAUGCGUCCGGAUCAGGUAGGUCGAGACGCAGACCUUCACCGCAAAGAUCAGCUACAUUCGAUGAGCCCUACGACUAUCCACCACCGUCGGAUGUUUAUGGCUCGGUGCACAAGUCCCCGCCGUUACGACCGGCAAGACCGACGGACGAGAUGAGACGUCAAGCCAGUCUGACGCUGUCGGAUGCUGGCUCGGAUCAAGAUGCGGAUGGUCGAAGCAUACACCAGACACUGUCGGAUAGCAAGGCUUCGCUACAACGGGUUGAGAAGCAUCGUCUGAAGCAGGUCGGAAAGGACGGUGGUAGCUGA